AUGCAGUCCAGGAUCCACUGGAAGCUUGUCUCAUACGACUCGGUGUCUGCUCCCUUCUUCAGCACAAACCUGCCCUUCCUGCACCCCCAAGUCCUCGCCAUGGGCUCUAUCGACGCUCCCGACUACGGCCGUCGCCUGCUUGUGCAGGUCGUCGAUGACGUCGCCCGCAACGACCCCACGCGCGAGCUCGCCUUGUUUCCGCGACCCGGCUGUUCCGAUCGUCUGGCCUCGCCCGAGUCCUGGCAGCACGUCAGUUUUGCCCAAGCCGCCCGGGCCAUUGACCGCCUCGCACACGCCGUCACGGCCGCGGUGGGCUCGGGCUGGGUGAAGCCCCAAGUGGACCUCUCUGGCCUGAUCGGGCCCACUCUGGCCUACAUCGGCCCCAGUGACCUCCGGUACCAUCUCUUUCUGUUGGCCGUCAGCAAGGCCGGCGGUCAGGUCCUGCUGAUCUCGCCCCGCAACACCGUCGAGGGCCAGGUGAGCCUGUUUGCCAGCACGGGCUGUCGGGCCCUCUGGGCACCGGCGACGUCGCGCUCGCUGGUCGAGUCGUGGCCGGCCCAGACGCCCGGCGGCCUCGCGCUCUUUACAAUGCCCGAGCUGGACGCGCUGCUGGCCGACGACGACGAUGCGGCCGCCCAAGGUGCUGGCUUCUCCCGCGACCCGUUCCCCUUCCACAGGACCUUUGACGAGGCCGCGACCGAAGCCCUGGUGAUCCUGCACACCAGCGGCACCACCGGCCUGCCCAAGCCCAUCGUCAUCCGCCAUGGAAUGUGGGCCAACUUUGACACCUUCCAGGGUGUCGCCGACGAGAGCGGGCCGACGUUGAUCUGGUACGCCUGGAAGAAGCACAUCACGCACUUGUUCGUCACCUUGCCGCCCUUCCACACCGGCGGCAUGUCCUUCUCCCUCGUGAUGAGCAUCUACCUAGGCAUCACUGUCAUCUUACCGCCCACGGACCGGCCUGUGAGCAGCAUCCUGGUCGAGGACGUGCUCACACACUCUGCCGCCGACGGCGCCAUCAUACCACCCUUUACGCUGGAGGAGCUCGCCAAGACAGCCAGUGGCGAUGCUGCCCUCCAGAAGACGAAAUUCAUCAUCUGUGGUGGCGGCGCUCUGUCCAAGGCGGUCGGUGAUCAUCUCGUCGCGAAGGGGAUUACCAUCUCCAACAUAAUCUCCAGCACAGAGGCUCUGCCGUACGCGCUCCAGUUCCAGGACAACAUGUCCGAGUGGGAGUAUUUCAUUAUGCGCGACGAGAUUAUGGGAAGCGACUGGAGGCCUAUUGCCGGUAGCGACAAUAUCUAUGAGCUCGUCCUGGUGCGCCAGACGCCGCGCCAGAAGACUCCCGGCAUGCAUGUGGCCUUUUGGACCUUCCCGGAGCUCGACGAGUGGUCUACGCGCGAUCUGUACCAGCGCCACCCGACAAAGCCCGACCACUGGAAAUACCACGGCCGUAUCGACAGUAUCAUUGUCUUCUCCAACGGCGAGAAGCUCAACCCCGAGGACAUUGAGAAAACGGUGCUUGGCCACCCGUCUGUGCAUGGUGCUGUCGUUGUGGGCGCUGGGCGCUUCCAGGCCGCUCUGUUGAUCGAGCCGAAGGCUGCGGCACUUGCCGGUCAGACUGGCCCAGACGCAGCCGAAAGGCUGAUCGAGGACGUGUGGCCGUACGUGGAAGCGGCCAACAAGCUGACCGUUUCUCACGGGCGUAUUGCACGACCGUUCAUCAUCCUGGCCGAUCCGGCCAAGCCGUUUCCCCGAGCAGGCAAGGGUACGAUACAGCGGCAGAAGGCCGUCAAGCUGUACGAGCACGAGAUUGACGAGCUCUACCGACGGGUUGGUUCCAAUAGCAAUGCUACAGAGAAUCACGCCGGCCCUGCUCCCGUGGUCCUGGACACCAGCAGCAAGGCGGCCCUGGCCAAGUCCAUCCGCACCGUGUUUAUCGAUCGCCUUGGGGCUUCGCCACAUCUGGAGGUGGACACGGACUUUUUUACUGUCGGUGCCAUUGACUCCCUGCAGGUGAUGAGCGCGAUCCGUCUGCUCAAGGAUGGCCUCGCGGCUCAGAGCAGCACGGAAAACGCAAGCGUGACGCAGCGCGCCAUCUACGGCAACCCAACGCCGACCAAGCUGGCCGCAUACAUCCUAUCGAUGGUCUCGGGCGGCAAAGAGAGCGCGACGGCAGACGACGACGACGAGAUUGGUCGGAUGGAGGUGCUGAUCGACCGGUACACGGCGAACCUCAAGGCACCGUCCGCAAGCAGACGACCGGCACCACGCACGACUGGCCAGACGAUUCUCGUCACCGGCACGACAGGUUCCCUAGGCUCGUACAUGCUGGACUCGCUGCUCAACAAGAACGCGGCCGUCCAGAAGGUGAUUGCACUGACACGCGAUGCGGAUGGUGGCAAGGUGCGGCAAGAACGGGUCUUUCGCAGCAAAGGACUCGACACGGCCGGGCUUUCGGAUCCCAGUCGGGUGCAGUUCCUGCACGCGACCCUGUCAGAGCCACGGCUCGGUCUGAGCGACGCGGACUACGACGGGCUGCUGGCGGAUGUGGACCGCAUCGUGCACUGUGCCUGGCCGGUCAACUUUAGCUACAAUGUGGCGUCAUUUGAGCCGAGCAUCGCGGGGGUGCGGCACCUGGCGGACCUUGCGGCCGCCGCGAAGCGACAGGCGCCGCUGCUGUUUGUGUCGAGCAUCGGCAUGGUGGACAGCUGGGGGAGGACGAGCAGCGGCGCGGUGCCGGAAGAGCGGCUGGAGGACCUGCGUCUGGCCGGCAUGGGCUACGGCCGGUCGAAGCUGGUGAGCUGCCUGAUCCUGGAUGCGGUGGCAGCAGCGACAGACGUGCCAGUGCUCCAGGUGCGUCUGGGCCAGGUUGGAGGUCCACGAGAGGCAGGCGACAGCGAGGCGGCGUGGAACCGACAGGAGCUCGUGCCCAGCGUCAUUGCCAGCUCUGUUUUCCUGGGGGUGCUCCCGGACAGCCUAGGCGUGCUCGCGGUCGACUGGGUGCCGUCAGAGGAUGCGGCCGAGGUGAUCAUCGAGCUGGUGGCCGGCGACAACUUGCAGGGCAGCCACUACUACAACCUGGUGAAUCCGACAGUGCGGACUUGGGCGUCGAUCGUGCCGCACAUCCAGCAGUUCUACGGCGACCGCAUCAAGGAGGUCGUCAGCCUCAAGGACUGGGUGACACGGCUGGAGGAGAGCAGCCGCAGGAACAACAGCAGCACACCCGAAGCGGUGGCGGCCAAUCCGGCGGUCAAGCUGGUAGACCGGCUGCAGGCCAUGGUCACGGCAGCGGAAGCGGGCUGGAAGCAGGCAACAUUUGCGCUGGAGCAGACUAGCGAGCGCAGCGCGACAAUGCGCAACAUGGAGCCGGUGACGGGCGAGCUGGUGGCAGAAUGGUGUCGGCAGUGGAGCAACCGUGCCGUGACCGUGAUUCGUGGAUGGGAAGGGCAGGCCGUCGUGCGUCUGCAGAGAGGCAUGCAGGCCAAGACGGGUGGCCGUUCUGCGGUUGGCUAUCAGGACAAGCCUGGCAGCCGGCCGUCUGGCCGAGCGACCGGUCAAGCACAGGACAGCUUUGGCAGUGUCAGGCCACCACGAUGGCGUGCAUAUUCGCCGUUGGCCGCGAAAGCCGCCUUGCAGCCAGUCAUGGGCCACGUAGACAGGAAUACGAGCUGGCGAGGUUCGCGCAGAAAGGCCGAGGGACAGGCCCAGAAACAAGGACGGGACGGGAAAAGGGUUUGGCAGCCGGCAAGCGACCGCGUGCAGCGUGCAUCUGGCAUGCUCUCGUCCUUCUGUCCUCACCGUAGAGGCCUUGGCUCAAGAGACUGCUCCACUGGCGUGCAGCCAGAGGUCUAG